AUUUUAAACGGUCGACGAUUUAACUUUGUGUCGCUCCGAUAAAAUUUGUGAUCUCGUGCAAGCGCCAAAAUGAGCAAUCGGAAAGACAUCUAUGUCAAAAAGCUGGGUUUGAUUCCACUCUCCGAGGAAGGAGGUUACUUCAGCGAAACUUAUCGAUCUCCCGAGACGAUUCCAGUUGAAGGACGCGAAGGAACAGAGAGGAGCUUAUUCACAACAAUUUUCUACCUGAUUGCGCCUGAACUGGGAGGAAAAAACUUUUUUAAUAAGAACAAGAGUGACAUCACCCACUUUUUUCACGACGGAUGGCCAGCUAAAUACAUCUAUAUAACACAAGAGGGCAAAGUUGAAGAGUUUAUCUUAGGUAAAGACAUUUUAAAGGGCCACGUUCUUCAACAAAGGGUUCCAGGUGGCUGUCUUAAGGCAGCCAAAAUUUUAAUCGACGAGUCUAGCGAGUAUGAAAAGUAUCCGGGCGAAACACCUUUCACGUUGAUCUCAGAGAAGAUGUCACCAGGAUUUGAUUACAGAGAUCGUCAUGUACCGCUGGCUUCUGAAGUAAAAUCUAUGUAUGAGAAUCUGUGGCCAGAGAUAAAAGAGUACUGCAUACCGGACGAAAAUAAUUAACAUCAUUAAUUUUGCACCAUUAGCAUACAUUAUUCAGAAAACUUAUACCUCAGAGGUCGCAAGACCUUAGAUGACCGGAAAGCACUGACGCCUACCUUAAGGACUCUUCACGUAACUAAAACAAA